CUACGUAAGCCAGGCAAGAUGGCGGCGCCCAGGUCGUUCCUGUGCCGGUUGGCCCUAGCAUACAAUGGGAGUUCUAGGGGCAUCCAUGGUCUGAGUGGGGCAGUGCCCCCGGAGGGCAAUCAGAGGAAGAGAAGGACACUACUCCAGUUCCUAAGUGACCAUUUCUAUGACGUGGAGGCUCUGAGACUGUACUUGCUCCAGAUAAAGAUGUCGAAGGUACACCAGGAAAAUCGAUCACUCGCCCACAUCCGGGAGAAAUAUGGUCCGUACAUCGCAGGAGCCUUCUUUGUCCUGAAGCAGGGAGGUGCAGUCAAGUUUCAGGACCAUGAAUGGAUCAGGCCAAAUAAGCGUGGCCAUUUCUCUCGCGAGUUCUUAAAGCUACAGACUGUGCCUGUGCAGGCUGUGGAUGCCAGUGGCUGUGCCAUCAACUACGAUGGCCUGGACAACCUCUUGCCCCUGAAGGAGCUCCAGUCCCUGUCACUGCAGCACUGCCCCCACGUGGACGACUGGUGUCUCAGCCGCCUCUACCCGCUGGCUGGCUCGUUGCAGGAGCUCUCACUAUCAGGGUGCCCCCAGAUCUCCGAACGGGGCCUCGCCUGCCUCCACCACCUCCAGAACCUUCGCAGGCUGGAUAUCUCAAACCUCCCAGCUGUGUCCUACCCAGGCCUCACUCGGAUCUUGGUGGAGGAAAUGCUGCCCAACUGUGAGGUCCUGGGGAUGGAUGAGGCCCAGGGCCUGUAGCUGGGACCCGAAGAGCAGCUUCAGGACAGCCAGCCCCAACCCUGCCUAGCCUCAGCCUGCUCUGGAGGCAGUGGACGCAGCCAGCAGGCUGUGUGGAAUGUCCGACUUCAGAGGGGUUCGUGCAGCGGGGAGGGGGCCUGGCAGGUCUGAGGGAAGGAGGACGUGAGGUCGGGUGUUUAUUCUGGGCUGCCCUUGGCCGGCAGUCACUGUUCCUGUCAUCCUGUCGGGCAUUCCUUUCCACCCAGGGCUCCUUCCCCUGCCCCUAGGACCUGGUGAGGUAAAGGCUCCCAGCCAGUAGGGCAGGAAGCUGUACUCACCCCACACAUGGCUCACCCUUGUCAAGAGGCCUCUCCCAAGCUGUCCACAUUUGAAUGUGUAGCCAUCUCUUGCAGGGACCCUGACUGACAUGGAGUGCUGCUAGCACUUGGCAGCAGUGGCUCUUCCUAGUGCAAGACUAGUCAGCUCGAUGCAGGAUGUCCAGCAUCCUUGGCUCACACUCAUUAAAGGCUAGUGCCACCCAGAGUCCCACAAUGUUGCCAGUAAUUGAUUUAUUGACUUUGAGCUCCAUAUUCAACUUUUUUGCCUGCUCUGUGAAAAUGGAUCUGGGCCUUUACAAUUUUUUCCUUUGCCAACUGGCAGGACAGGCUUUGCCGGCAGGGGGUGCUGGAGAGACACUCCAGGAGGGAAGGCCUGUGCUCUGCUGCACCUGCAGCUUAACUGCUCCAGGUUUGGGUCCUGCAUGGCAGGUGGCUUCCCCAGCACUCAGCCCCUGACAGCCAGGUGGUCAGCAACCUCCUCUGGUGCCUGGCCCUCUCCUCCACCAGCAGUUUCAUAGGAGCCUCCAUUGAGGCUUCUCUGAAUAACUCCCCAGCACUCCAGAUGGAUUUCUAGUCAAUUCUGAGGCAGUUUACCAAUGAAUUCCUUGUGAUCUCAAUUCACUGCUGAAGUCAAUAAUUCUCUUUUUUUUUUUUUUUUUUUUUUUUUGGUGGUG